AUGUCCGGACUUACCGACGCCCAAGUCGCCUCCUUCAAGGAGAACGGGUACCUCGUUCUCCCUGACUACCUCAGUCAAACCGAGCUCUCGUCCCUUCUGACGGAAACAAACAAACUCCUCGACGAAUUUCCUCUAGAAUCACACCCCCUCACUCAGUUCACGACAGAAGAAGACAAAGCCGACCAUGUAGGCGAUGACUACUUCCUGACAUCAGGCGACAAAGUGCGCUUCUUCUUCGAACCGGACGCGUUCAGCUCUGAACCAGAUCCUCUCACGGGUCGUGCCGCGCUCAUGAAGCCUAAGAACCGUGCCGUGAAUAAAAUAGGGCACUCGCUGCACACUUUGUCGCCACCUUUCAAGGCUGUCUCGCUGAACGAGCGCAACGCCGCUGUCGCACGUUCUUUGGGAUUCGUCGACCCCAGAGUCUUGCAGAGUAUGGUUAUCUGUAAGCAGCCUUCCAUCGGUGGGGCGGUGCCUUCGCAUCGUGAUUCGGAGUUUUUGUAUACCGAUCCGCCAUCGGCUGUGGGAUGGUGGUAUGCGUUGCAGGAUGCGGGGCCGAAGAAUGGCACUUUGGGUAUGUACAAGGGAUCACAGACGGGGAGGAAGGGUGGCCAUAUUACCAGGCGGUUUGUGAGGAAGGAUGGUGGGGGUACGGAGUUUAUUGAGAACCAGGGCCCUGCUUUGCCAAAGGGGAUGGAGGAGGAGAAGAGCUCAGAGCCCUCGGAUGAGGAAUUGGAGAUUCUCGAUAUCAAGGCCGGAUCGCUGGUGCUUAUUCACGGCAAUGUUUUGCACAAGAGCGAGAAGAACACCAGCCCCAACAGUCGGUAUGCGUAUACCUUCCAUGUGAUCGAAGGUGCAGAGGGAUGGGAUUAUGAUGCACGGAAUUGGUUACAGCCUCCUGCGGAGGGAUUCUCCAAAUUGACGUGA